UUGGUUUGUGAGUAGAAGGAAGAGCAAAUGAUUGGUGGGAUAUCAGGAAUGAUGGAUAUGAACAUGGAGAAGAUUUUUGAGGAUUCAGUUCCUUGUAGGGUUCGUGCUAAACGUGGUUGUGCUACUCAUCCUCGUAGCAUUGCUGAACGGGUGAGAAGAACGUGAAUAAGUGAUCGGAUUAGGAGGCUGCGAUGAUGAUGAUUCGUAGUGGUGGCAGCGGAGGAAGUGGUGGUGUGAGCUGUCAAGACUUUGGGAAUCAAGCGAAGAAAGAUUGCUCUCACAUGAGGUGUAGAACUUGUUGUAAGAGCCGUGGCUUCGAGUGUUCUACUCACGUGAGAAGCACGUGGGUUCCUGCUACUAAACGCCGUGAGAGACAACAACAAUUAGCUACGGUUCAGCCUCAAACUCAGCUGCCUCGCGGUGAGAGCGUUCCUAAACGCCACCGUGAGAAUUUACCGGCAACUUCAUCGUCUCUAGUCUGCACUCGCAUACCUUUUCAUUCAGGUGAAUAAGUGAUCGGAUUAGGAGGCUGCAAGAGCUUGUUCCUAACAUGGAUAAGGUACAUUUCUUUUACAAGGCAGAUUGGUUUAAAGUUUUUCUUGGAAGUAAAAAUAUUAGAAUUAG